GCUUUCUCUCUCCUCCGAGAAGAAGAAGCGCCCGACGCUGUUCUCUCUUAUCCAAAUGGCCGACCCGACCCGAUAUUCAACAAAUGGAUCCUCCAACCACUCCAAGUCCAGGCCUCCGCCGCCACGGCUCAGGGUACCUCCUGGUCACGUAGCUUUCCGCAUGCUCUGCCAUGCCUCCCGUAUCGGCGGCGUCAUCGGGAAGUCCGGAGCCAUCAUCAAGAACCUCCAGCAACUCACUGGCGCCAAGAUUCGAGUGGAGGAUGCCCCGCCCGAUACGUCGGACCGGGUUGUAGUCAUAAUUGCUCCGUCUGCUAUCAGUAGUAAGGUUUACCUGGGGAGGCCGGCUGAGCGGAAUGGAUAUGGCGGUAGCGACGCUGUUGGGACGGUGUGGCCGGACGUUUCGAAGGCGCAAGAAGCUCUUUUGAAGGUGUUUGAGAGAGUCCUUGAUGUUGCGGCGGAGACUGCCGGCACUGAAGUGAGGGAUGGAGUGGUAUCUUGCAGACUGCUGGCGGAUUCACCACAGGUCGGGUCGGUUAUUGGUAAGGGAGGGAAGGUGGUGGAGAAGAUUAGGAAGGACACUGGGUGCAAAAUUAGGGCUUUGAGCAGCUGUGUGCGAGAUUUCAUGGCCUCGGACGAAAUGAUUGAGAUUGAAGGGAAUGUGUCAUCUGUUAAGAAGGCACUUCUUGCUGUGUCUCAUUGUCUUCAAGAUUGCACUCCAGCUGAUAGAACAAAGAUGAUGGAUAGCAAGACUUAUGAUUCUGCAGUUGUAAUUCCACAUGAGACUUUGACUGAUCCGCAUGCAGAUCAUCUUCUCCAGAGGAACUCUGUAAUAUCCGCUGCUUCCAAGAGCUCAAACAGCUUUUCCUCUGGGCUUCAUUCAUUGUCAGCUGAUUUUAACAGGAUCUCAAGCCUGGAUCCCCAGGCACUUCAGCAGGAAGUUACCUUCAGAAUUCUCUUCCCCAGUGAUAAGGUUGGCUGUGUUAUUGGAAAGGGUGGCAGUAUUGUUAAAGCUCUUCAGAAUGAGACAGGGGCUUCUAUAAUGGUUGGUCCUUCAGUAGCUCAUUGUGAGGAAAGGGUUGUUACUAUUACUGCUUCAGAGAGUCAUGAAGCAAGAUAUUCCCCAGCACAGAAGGCUGUUGUCCUUGUUUUCUCUAAGUCUGUUGAGGCUGGCAGUGAGAAUGGGCUAGACCCAGGAUACAAUAGGGGGUCAUCUGUUACUGCACGAAUCCUAGUCCCCACAAAUCAAGUUGGUUGUUUGUUAGGAAAAGGGGGAGCAAUAGUCUCAGAAAUGCGGAAAAAAACUGGGACUAGUAUAAGAGUAAUUGGGACUGAUCAGGUUCCAAAAUGUGCAUCAGAUAAUGAUCAAGUGGUACAGAUAUCAGGAGUGUUUUCAAAUGUUCAAGAUGCUUUGUAUAAUGCAACUGGUAGACUAAGAGAUAAUCUUUUUGCCAGUACACAAAAUGUUGCCAGUACAAGGAGCACCUCCUCUGUUUUCCAUGACACUGGCCCCUAUGGGAGGCCAGUGGAUUGUGCUCCUCUUGGUGCCCAACCAGGUGCUGGGAUUUCUCAUAAUCAGAGUAAACAAACAUUUUCUUCAAGCAUAGAUCAUCCUGGAGUUACUCGAAAUUUAGAUUGUUCUCCUUCACCAGGGUUAUGGACAUCACAGAUGGCUUCAAGAGGCAGUGAUGAUGUUGGUAGGAAAUUGAGUUCUCUUAACUGUGGCUUGGAACUAGGCAGUGCAAGCAAAGCUGCCAUUGUGACUAGUACAACUGUGGAAGUUGUGGUUCCUGACCAUGUUUUUGACUCUGUAUAUGGGGAAGGUGGUAACAAUCUGACGCGUCUGAGACAGAUUUCAGGCGCCACAGUUAUUGUCCACGAGCCUCGUCCAGGAACAAAAGACAAAACUAUUGUCAUGUCUGGUACACCAGAUCAAACCCAAGCAGCACAGAGCCUUCUUCAAGCAUUUAUUCUCACUGGAUCGUCAUGACUUUAUUGUCUGAGCCACAGUCCAUUAUUAUUAUUUUUUUUUUCGUUUCACAGAUAUUUACUUCAGUCCCUUCCCUAGUCUAGGUUUUUUGGCCCCUUCCCUUUUUGGCUCUCACAGCAAAAUGUACAUUAAUAUAUAUGUACGUGCCUUUUGUAUUAUGCCAUUGGUUAAAUUAAUUCAGGUCAGGUUGCUCCCAAAGCAUUAGAGUGCUGGUUUGGGGGGGUUAGGCUUGGGAGCUCAAAAUGUCAAUGUGCUUGUUGAUUCUUUAGAAUAAACAUCAUUGACAGUUAGCCUCCAUUCAAUGCCAUUCUGUCUCUUUUCCUGUU